GGAACGUAAUACAACAUUGCGACAAACGAGACAAACACACAAAAAUGGCCGACAGUUGAAUUUUUUUUUCAUCAAUGAUCAAUGAAAAUUUGUGUUCAAAUCUCAGUAAAAACUGUUAAACUACACUCGAGUUAGAGUGAAGGAAGUGCAUAAAAUAUUUUUCGUAAAAACAACGUGAAACUUUCUCAUAUUUUCUAGUUGGCAAACGAAGAAAUGUCAGAAAGCUUUGGAAUUGACGUUAGUGUGGCUGAUUCGAUAAGCCCUGAGCCACGAAUGCUGAAGAGACCAACAUUGCAGUUAGCCUUGAAGCAGCAGGCUAAACGAAGAAGGAGGAACACAAGCAUAGCUACACAAGGAAAUGUGAAUGGAAUGCCACCUAUCCCAAGAGUGAUUGUUAAAGUGUUGCCUCCAUUGCCUUUAAAUGAACGGAACAAAGUGCAUGAAGGUACUGAAUCAGAAACUGAAGAAGUUCAACCCAUAACUCCGAGAAAUGCUUCAGUAAGUGUACCAACUCAGACAACCAUGAGAGAAGUGCUGGCAUCCAUUCCUGGUUUUAAAACAACAAAAAGAACUACAAGAAAUUUAUCUGCUGCAGCUCAAAUACAAAGAGCUCAAGAGGGUUGUGUUGAUCUUCAAAAUCCAUCUUCCAUUCUGGCCAAGGCAAAUCUUCGUGGAAUCCUUAACAAGCAUACAUUUGGGAGCUUACCCCCACUGUAUCAACACAAACUUGUGCAAUUGUUACCAGAGGUUGACAGAUGUCCUGAUGGCAGUUCAAAACUGAGUAACACUGCCCUUAGCAACGAAUUUUUUGGCCGUGCUUGUCAAAAGUGGAGAGAUCGUCUUGCCGCGGGUGAAUUUACCCCAGAAUCCCAGCAGAAAAUCAGAGCUGAAGCCGAGCGGGACAAGGGAAAGUUGGAUCCAUGGAAAGUAAAACAUUUCGAACCAUUUUGGGGAACCAAAGGCGAAUCCUCUUCUCAGGAGCUCUCUACCAGACUUCCUUCAAGUAGUAAAGCUUGUUCAAGUGCAGCACCAUCCAAAAAGAAAUCGACCCCCUCAGACGUAGUUGAUGAAGAUGAAACUCCACCCAAGAAGCGAAGCAUGGUUGGUCGGAAAAUUGGAAGAAGACGAAUGAAACGAAAAAAACCAAUCAGAAAAAUUGUCAUAUCUACUCUAUUGAAUAGUGAAGACAAAACCCAAAUUACUUCAGAAGAAGCUACGUUAGUUUCCGAAGAAAUCUGCUCUAAAGAUGUUAUGUCGGUCGAAUCCUGUGAGAUAGCUGAGAUGCAGCCUAUCGAAAUCAUUGAGAUAAUCGAACCUGUUCACCCCUCUACCGACACAGAUGAACCUGAAAGCGUUUCUGGGGUUGAAUUUGACUCUUCAAAUGUUGAAAAGGAAGAAGUGUUCGCCUCAAACCCAACAGAAGAGAGCGACUGCGAAGAGCAGUCAUCAGUCCAAGUGACACCAUCAAAUGACUCAAUUAUAGAGAUUUCAAAUCGUCUGGAGGAGCCAUCGUUAACUGCCCCUCAACCAGUAGAGAUCAAUAUUGGUCAAGACAAAUUUGAUGGUGAAAAGUGGGAUGGUACCAAAACCCUAUCAGCGGAAUCGAAUAACCAAGUCGGGGAAAAUGCAAAUUUUGAAGUCCAGGAGAUGUCCACUGAAGUUCGUGCAUCUGAGGAAGAAGACGUUUUGUGUCUCAGUAAUCCUCCCACUAUUAAGGACUCACUACCGUCCUCGGACACGGAUGAAGAAAAGGAGUCUAAGGAACAAGAUGUCGAUGAACGACAAAUGGAAAUUGACGAUAGCCAGGCAUUAAAUGAAAUGAAAGAUUUUCUUAGUAGCAGUGUAGGGCACUUUGUUCAGGAAGAUUCGUCACCAGAAGAUUUUUUCCAGAGUCAUCAAGUGACGGAAGCUCUAGAGUUGUUGAGAGAUAUUCACGACAGGGAAGAGUCUGUACCUGUGAUAGCUGAACAGCAAAAGAUCUCGUCGCCAGAAAAUGUAACAACUCAUAAGCAAGAUGAAUUAGAUUCAGCUGUAGCUGGACGUUCGUCGCAAGAACAGCAACAGAUGAUUGAGCCUUCCGCAACGGAUAUUCAAGAUUCACUUUUGAAAAUGACUUCCGUAGCCAUUCCUGCACAACAACCAAAAGAUUUAUUGCCGAAAACAACCGAAGUACCUCUGGAGAACAGGACAGAUGAUUCUAACCGUAAAUCCGAGCCUGCUAUUUUGACUGGAACGACGCCGACAAAUGUUUCCACGAAACCUGAAAUACUAGAAAGUUCAGUUCCACGAGUCAGCACUUCCGAAGCGACUCCUGUUGUAAUCGAAACACAGAGUGUGGCGAAAAUUGAAGCGCCAGUUCAACAACCGACCACUGUAACCCUAACUCUGCCGUUUCCAGUGACACUGCCGCUGAACUUGCCUCUUACUUUGCCAAUCUCACUUCCGCCAGGCACUACACUGGUCGUCUCAGAUCCUUCCACCUUGGUGGGUAUCCGUACGAACACUAGCCACACGACAACAGAAGGUAAAACAAUUUCAUCGAUAACUUCUUUGACACCGAUUGCACUCAACAAACCUCGAGUAACCGCUUCAUCGUCGUCUCCGUCUCGGAUUCUUCCGAGAAGUAGUCAACCCGUCAGUGCCAGCAAUCCAGUUCCUGGAACUUCAUCCUCGGGGGCAGGUGGUUUGAUCGCCCCUCGUAAUGGAUCUGGCAAGCAAAAUCAGCCAUCAAGAGCUCCACCUGGAACGGUUAAUCUCGAAAGAUCUUAUCGGAUCUGCCAAGCAGUGAUCGAAAAUAGCCCAAAUUGCGAACAACUCAAGGCCCAGCUACGUCCCCCGUCUGCGUUCUCUAGCAGUGUUGUCGUUUUACCACCAUGCUCUCCAGUCACUGGUAGUACCAAUAUAACUGGCGCCAAUCGAUCAAGUACCAAUAAAAGUGGAUCCAAAAAUAGUUUGGGGGCGAAACCAAUUAAAGGUGGGCCGGUUAUGAAAAUUGCGAGUCAACAAGGGAUUGGUGAUUCCAAAAGUGUUCCUCAAUCCAUCGGCACCACUUCUCCGUCCAACAUUAUUCUUGUGCAUCCAGCAACUGCCAAUAUGGGAGUCGUUGAUCAGCAGUCGACCAUCGUUAAUAAAGUAGCUGCUCCGUCUACUGCCCAACUGCCGAGACAGCAACUCAUUUGUAUAGCUCCAAACAAUUCAGAGGUGGCGAAUCAUCCUUUGUCCAAGACUCCUCCAGCCAAUCUCGCCGGGAACCGGACUAUAGGAGUCUCUCAGCAGCAACUCAGACCCGCAUCAACUCCUCCACAUCCGAAACCACCCAUGUUUGCUAGCAUCCCUCCACAGGCUCAACAAUCAUCGGUAACGGUUCAAUCCUAUCAACAGCAACCACAACAACAAGGUGUUUCUGUCACUCAGCAGGUAAAUUAUCUUCCGUUCAAUAAUUGGCCUCAGCAGCAGCAGCAGUCACAACAGCAGCCACGGCAACAACAAGGCAGUACUCCUAAGAUAAUAGCACCAGCUACUGUUCGUACUGGAACACAUUCCCAGUCAGUUUUCGCCAAUCUUCAGCAAGCAAAUAGCAAUACUUCUUUUAUUCAAGAACAAAGUGUUCAACAACAAAUGCCAUUGGCUCCUCGAAUUCAGCAGCCAAUUAACAUAAGACAACGUACAGUAAAUACUACCCAGACGCAUCCGUAUGCUUCUUCAAGUGUCCAAGUCAACUUACAACCGAUGCAAAAUCAGCAACAACCAAUGCAAACGUCAACUAGCCAGCAGCAACAAGGGACUCGCCAGCCUUGGCCAGGACCACCGUUGCAGAAUAAAAAGCAGAUCAACAUUUCCGGAUCAUCGGCAGUUCCAGCACUAAAUCCAGUGGCUACACCACAGACACCUCCAUUCGUGCAAAAUGAUGUCCAGUUGGUGAGCAUGGGAAUGUCAAUGAGAGCUCAAGUGCCCGGAAAUGGUAGCAGCAUUACUCCACAACUGCCCAUCCACUCAGAUCCUUCUAAUACCGGAAAUUCUACCGACAACACUAACGACGAUGCAGUUGAAAAGGCUUCUCUAUCGACUGACUGCGAUUGCCAACUUAAAGCAAUGGUUAUGUGCCAGCGGUGUGGCGCAUUCUGCCACGAUGACUGCAUCGGGCCAACUCAACUCUGCUUUACUUGCAUUGUCCCGUGAACUAAAUCCCUCCCGCAUUUUCUUUUCUGUUAGUUCUCUCUUUCUUCUUCUUCGUUUGUGCAAAAAAAAAAAAAAAAUAAUUCAUUCGUCCAGUAACCAAUAAUCAAUUGGCAACACAGCGCGUUCGGCUUUCCAUUACAGUCGAUUCCAUAAUUCAUGAAGUUUAGAUCGUUUCCACUUUCCACCUGAAGAAUUUUUAAUUUUUUUAUGUUGGACCGAAAUUCAGACUUAAACUCACCUACUUGAGCAAUUUUUUAUUAUUUUUUGUGUUGUAGAAGUUUUGCUAUUGAAACUGCUGAAAUUUUUGUUUUGACAAAAAAUUCUCGUUCAUUUAAGAAAUCCCGCUAAACCAAGCGGAAGUUGUCGAAAAUUCUCUGAAAAUUAUUUUCUUUAUUUUCCGUAAUGCAAAGCCUUUGAAACGUAUAGCCAUAAAAUAUUAGUAUCACUUUGUCUUUUUCUGAAUUUUUCUUCCAAUAUUUCCGCGUAUUGGAUACUUUUUUGUUCUUUUUGGUCUUUUUUUUACACCAACCCACUCCUAGUCUGAUCUCUCUAUUUCCAAUAUCUUUCUUUACAUCUGCCGGUUUCAUUCUUUCUCUGUUUGUGGUUUCUUUAAUCUUUUCUUGUGUAACGACGAUUGUUUAUUUGCUUUAUGAUUGAUGAUUCUUGUUAUACCUUAAAUACCUUAUGGUGGUGAGUUGAAAUUGAACUUUGGAAGUGAAAUCAGAAAAUGUGCCUCUUACGUCCCCACCAUGUUAUACUACUACCUGUGUCGGUCCGAUGGUGAAUUUUUUGUUUAAUCUGCCCUCCCUCAUCAGUGCACUGCAGGGAGCUAUAUUCUUUCAAAUUUCAAUACACAUGGUUUGU